GUCCCAUAAUGCAUUGCAGUUAUCGUAUACGGACACUUCCGUUUCAACACAUGUGCGGUGGUUUUUGUAUUUGUAUUGUUCAUUUUAACACCGAAUGGAAGUGUGUUUUCAUAUUCUUCUUCUUGCCUUAAAAUGAAAGUAAAAGUCCUUUCAAGGAACCCGGACGACUACGUCCGGGAAACCAAACUAGAUAUUCAGCGUGUUCCCAGAAACUAUGAUCCUACUCUUCACCCAUUUGAAAUGUGCAGGGAAUAUACUCGGGCCCUAAAUGCCACCAAGCUCGACAGAGUGUUUGCAAAGCCAUUUGUGGCCUCAUUGGAUGGACACAGAGAUGGAGUAAACUGUAUGGCCAAGCACACCAAAAGCCUCUCCACGUUGCUGUCUGGUUCUUGUGAUGGAGAGGUAAAAGUGUGGAAUCUUUCCAAACGUGAAUGCCUCUACACAUUCCAAGCCCAUGAAGGUUUUGUUCGUGGAAUCACUGUCCGUUUUUGUGGAACUUCCUUCUUCACGGUGGGGGAUGACAAAACCAUCAAGCAAUGGAAAAUGGAAGUACCAGGUUAUGGUGAGGCAGUGGAACCGCUUAACACUGUUCUGGGCAAGACAGUUUUCACAGGGCUUGACCACCAUCAGCAUGAAGGUUUGUUUGCAACAUGCGGCCAGCAGGUGGACAUAUGGGAUGAACAAAGAAGCAGCCCUAUCCGUUCUUUUACUUGGGGGGUGGACAGCUUCAGCUCUGUUCGUUUUAACCCAGUGGAGACCGAACUACUUGCAAGCUGCGCCUCUGACAGAAGCAUUGUACUGUAUGACAUGAGAGAAGCGACACCACUUAAAAAAGUCAUUAUGACGAUGAGAAGCAACACAUUGUGCUGGAAUCCAAUGCAGGCCUAUUUCUUUACCUCUUGUAAUGAAGACUACAAUCUUUACACAUACGACAUGAGAUAUUUGGACAAGCCGCUCCUCGUACACACAGACCACGUUUCUGCAGUGCUGGAUGUAGACUAUUCCCCCACUGGCAGAGAGUUUGCAUCUGCCAGUUUUGACAAGACAAUUCGCAUUUUUGCCAAAGAUGCGGGCCAUAGUAGGGAGGUCUACCACACCAAACGCAUGCAGCAUGCCAUCUGCGUAAAGUGGUCAGCUGACAACCGCUAUAUUCUUAGUGGAUCUGAUGAAAUGAAUAUACGUCUGUGGAAAGCGAAUGCAUCUGAGAAAUUGGGAGUGCUUGCACCCCGAGAGAGGGACGCCACCAACUACCGCAAAAAGCUAAGAGAGAAGUUUAAGCACUUCCCGCAGAUCAGACGCAUCUCGCAGCAUCGACAUCUCCCCAAGGCCAUCUACCAUCAGACUAAGGAGCUGAGGACAAUGAAGGAUGCUCGCCGCAGAAAGGAGAAGAAUGUCCGCGCACACAGCAAGCCAGGAAGUAUACCUGUGUUGUCUGAAAAAGAGAAGCACACCGUUUCUGUGGUCAAAUAAAAAAAGAAAGUCACAACACUCUGGAGGGGCAACUCGCAUAUUUAGCAUGUGAGCAGACUGUUCUCACUUGGGAAUCUUGAAAGCAUCCUUUCACUGGAAAUGUUUUUACAAGUCAACACAUUCACAUUUAACCUCAAGUAUGUUUUCUAGUGUUAGGAUUUGAUAUGUUCAUGGUUCCUUUAUACCAGUACUAGGGUUCCUUUUACACAGCAGUGUGCAGUGAGAGGUUAUCAGGGGCGGUUUAGGAAAUAGUCCACUUUUACUGAAUUGAUCAUGACUCUUACUAUAAUGUGUGUAUAUAUUUAUGCUAGUGACAGGCAGAACAAUCCCUAACUUUGGAAUUUGAUGGCUUUCUGUGAAUACAUUACCUUUUUUGAUUUAUUCAACAAGCCCAGAUUUAUUACAGAGUACAUUUCUGAGUAAAACAAUAGUGAGCAAUAUAUAUAUAUAUAUAUUUUUUUUUAUCUUUUCAAACUUUUUCUGGUUGUGUACUGUUUGAGAUUUUUCUUCUGUCAAAUGGUUCCCUUGGAUCAGAAGAUGCCAGGAAACACUGAUUUAAUGCACAUAAUGUCAUUGUCCAUAUGACUCCAACCAGUGGACGUGAAUAAAGAAUCAAUUCAGCAUCUAUUUCCUUCAGACCUUCUGCUAGCAUAUUAUCAUGAGAGCAUGAGAGAAUGUUUGAGACAUUUUAAAAAAAAAAAGAAAAUUCCAGUGUAUCUUUGUUACUUAUUCAAUGAUGUUCAGAAAUCUUUGUGUUGUAAUGAUAUUGUAUGUACUAGUAUAUAUGAUAUGAUGUGUAUGAUAUUAUUAAGCACCGGUUCUUGAAGCUCUGUAAAUUCAACCUCCAGGGUUUCAUGAAGGUUAUAAUGCAACCUCAUUUUGUAGUAGUUUGCUUUUAAAAGUUUUUCAAUCUGAUUCAAAUUUGGAAAAAUCAAGUCAAAACAUGUGAAGUCAAAACAUGUGCUGUGGCAUUAUUUUGCAUGAAGUCAAAGGUUUUCUGCAAGAUUUCAUUCAAAUGUCAUGAUCCAACUCGUCAGCGUUUGAUUCAAAGCAUCUUAGCUACCUGUUGUUUGACGAUUACUAAUUUGAUUACAGGUCUUGUGAGGUAUUUCCUCUCUAUCCUCUUAACGCUGUCCUUCAAAUCCAAUCACCACGACUACCUGAGCACAGCUGAGGCUGGAGUGACUAAGGUUUCUGAAACUUUGUAGUUAAUAAUGAUAAUAUCAAGAAAGGAAACAAGGAAUCGCUCAUUAUUUUUGUCUAUACUAUAAACAUAUGACAAAGUCUAUUUACAGAAUGAUAAACUUGUAAAGUUUUACCUUCGAACAACUGAUGUGAAUACAUUUCUGCCAUUAAGGGGAUGCAACUAUUGCUAAAUACAUCCCUGUGUAAUAAUCUUGGAAGGAAACAUUUGAAUUUGGUUUAUUUUAGCAUUUUUUGUCCUAGCCCACAUUGCACUGUACAUAGCUGCAACUAGUGUGGUUACGAUAUUGUUUAGACCGGGGGUGGCCAAACAUUUUUUUCUCUGAGGGGCACUUCUAGAAAAAUCCAAAGAUGCAAAGGCCAACUUGAAAUUCUUCCACUUCCGUUUGUUAGAGGACGAGAAUCUGGUAUGAAAGAUUGGGUUUUUAA